GCAGGCCGCGCGCGGGCCGCCGGCCCGAGCCGGGGCCAUGGGCGAGACUAAGAUCAUCUACCACCUGGACGGGCAGGAGACGCCGUACCUGGUGAAGCUGCCCCUGCCCGCCGAGCGCGUCACCUUGGCGGACUUUAAGGGCGUCCUGCAGCGACCCAGCUACAAGUUCUUCUUCAAGUCUAUGGACGACGAUUUCGGAGUGGUGAAGGAGGAGAUCUCUGACGACAAUGCCAAGCUGCCCUGCUUCAAUGGCCGCGUGGUGUCCUGGCUGGUGUCAGCUGAGGGCUCACACCCAGAACCAGCCCCCUUCUGCGCAGACAACCCAGUGGAGCUGCCACCGCCUAUGGAGCGCACCGGUGGCAUCGGGGACUCGAGGCCCCCAUCCUUCCACCCUCAUGCUGGCGGGGGCAGCCAGGAGAACCUGGACAAUGACACCGAGACGGACUCGUUGGUGUCUGCCCAGCGGGAACGGCCUCGCCGCAGGGACGGCCCAGAGCACGCGGCCCGGCUAAACGGAACUGCGAAGGGGGAGCGGCGGCGCGAGCCCGGGGGUUAUGAUAGCUCCUCCACCCUUAUGAGCAGCGAGUUGGAGACCACCAGCUUCUUUGACUCAGAUGAGGAUGAUUCCACCAGCAGGUUCAGCAGCUCCACAGAGCAGAGCAGCGCCUCGCGCCUAAUGAGAAGACACAAGCGGCGGCGGAGGAAGCAGAAGGUCUCCCGGAUUGAGCGGUCCUCCUCCUUCAGCAGCAUCACUGACUCCACCAUGUCCCUGAACAUCAUCACCGUCACUCUCAACAUGGAAAAGUAUAACUUCUUGGGCAUCUCCAUUGUGGGCCAAAGCAACGAGCGUGGUGAUGGAGGCAUCUACAUUGGCUCUAUCAUGAAGGGUGGGGCUGUGGCUGCUGAUGGACGCAUCGAGCCUGGAGACAUGCUGUUACAGGUAAACGAGAUCAACUUUGAGAACAUGAGUAACGAUGAUGCAGUCCGGGUACUGCGGGAGAUUGUGCACAAACCAGGGCCCAUCACCCUGACUGUAGCCAAGUGCUGGGACCCAAGUCCACGUGGUUGUUUCACAUUGCCCAGGAGUGAACCUAUCCGGCCCAUUGACCCUGCAGCCUGGGUCUCCCACACUGCAGCCAUGACCGGCACCUUCCCCGCCUACGGCAUGAGCCCUUCCCUGAGCACCAUCACCUCCACCAGCUCCUCCAUCACCAGCUCCAUCCCCGACACAGAGCGCCUAGAUGACUUCCACCUGUCCAUCCACAGCGACAUGGCUGCCAUCGUGAAAGCAAUGGCCUCCCCUGAAUCAGGGCUGGAGGUCCGAGACCGCAUGUGGCUCAAGAUUACCAUCCCCAAUGCCUUCAUCGGCUCAGAUGUGGUGGACUGGCUGUACCACAACGUGGAAGGCUUCACCGACCGGCGGGAGGCCCGCAAGUACGCCAGCAACCUGCUGAAAGCCGGCUUCAUCCGCCAUACUGUCAACAAGAUCACCUUCUCGGAGCAGUGCUACUACAUCUUUGGUGACCUCUGCGGCAACAUGGCCAACCUGUCCCUCCAUGACCACGACGGUUCCAGUGGCGCCUCGGAUCAGGACACUCUGGCCCCUCUGCCGCACCCUGGGGCCGCCCCUUGGCCCAUGGCUUUCCCUUACCAAUACCCGCCGCCCCCACACCCCUACAACCCGCACCCGGGCUUCCCGGAGCUGGGCUACAGCUAUGGCGGAGGCAGCGCCAGCAGUCAGCACAGUGAAGGCAGUAGGAGCAGUGGCUCCAACCGCAGCGGCAGCGAUCGAAGGAAGGAGAAGGACCCGAAGGCAGGGGACUCCAAGUCGGGCGGCAGUGGCAGCGAGUCGGACCACACGACUCGCAGCAGCCUGCGUGGGCCACGAGAGCGGGCUCCCAGCGAGCGCUCGGGCCCGGCGGCCAGCGAGCACAGCCACCGUAGUCACCACUCGCUGGCCAGCAGUCUGCGCAGCCACCACACGCACCCCAGCUACGGUCCUCCCGGAGUGCCACCGCUCUACGGGCCCCCCAUGCUGAUGAUGCCCCCGCCGCCUGCAGCCUUGGGGCCCCCUGGAGCCCCUCCGGGCCGUGACCUAGCCUCGGUGCCCCCCGAACUGACCGCCAGCAGACAGUCCUUCCGCAUGGCCAUGGGAAACCCCACCAAGAAUUUCGGGCUGUUUGACUUUCUGUGAGCCCCCAGCGAGGGGAGGCCCAGCCUCCGAGGAGACCAGGAACCCUGCUUCAGCAGCCCCUCAGGGCUCCCCAAGGAUGUCCAGUCCCCACACCCGCACCUCAACACACUGAGUCCCAGGGCUUCUGGGAGGGCCCCAGCGUCCUCCAUGCCGGAGAGAUGAUUCUCUCAAGAGACAGUCUCUCUCUCGUUCUCCCACUCUCUCUCUCUCUCUCUCUCUCUGUAUUUGUCUGUCUCUCUCACACACACGUACCUAUGCAAGUUUGCUUAAGCCUCAGGGCUGGUCCCUGCCCAAAGGGCUGGACCCUGUGCCCCAGUCCUCUCCCAGGCUGGGGCUGGUUCCCUAGCCUCCCACACACACACCCCGUGUCCUCCUACAUGGAUAAAGCCUGUGAGCUGGGUCUCAGGCUAAGCUUGGCAGAGGACUCCCCUGUGACUGACUGACAGGCCAUUCUUAACACCCACAACGCCCACCACAUUCACCCCGACACCCCGGGGCACAGCCACAGGGGCCUACAGGCCAGCUAUGGAUUCACAGGGGUACUUCUGAGCGCCAGAUUUUCUUUUUACCUUAUUCUCCACUUUAAGCCAAUCAGGUCUUUUCUCUCUAAGCCUCUGCUAUAAAUCCUGGCUCAUCCAAGCUGCCAUGUUUUCAGGGCUGGGAUGUCAAGAGUAAGAUGAAAUCAUUAGCUCCAAGCUUUGCAGCUAUCCAAGGUAGGGACAUUUUGGCAUUUAUUUUAUAAAUCCUUCCUGGAGUUUGUUGAGCAAAGGGCUGGGUUGGAAGCGUGAGUCAGUCCUGCCUGCUUUCUGGGAGCUCUGGAUUUGCUCCUGACUGAAGCCAAGGCUUCUUCAAGCCACCACCACAGGACUGUUUUCUGUACUGUUUGCUCCAACUCUCUUGAGAAUUCCUCCACUAUUGCUCAUGACUUCGUUGAUGUUUCUGUUAUUCCAUCCUUGGUCCACUUCUCUUUCCUAUUUCCCCCCCCAAGAUGGUAUCAUCCAUCCUGAUAUCCUCAAUUGCUGCUGGUAUGCUGGUGAUUCCCAGAUGUGUAGCUCCCACCCCAGCUUCCCCCAAUCUUGGCAGAGUAUUUUUAUUACCCCCUGGACAUCCCAUGGACAUGUCUACAUGAACUCAACUCAUGUCCCCAGUCAAGUGUGUUCCUCCUGCAUUCUAGUCCUAAUUACCUUCAUCGUGACCUACAUAGACUCACCAGCUAGGAACAUUUAUAGGCUUAAAUCCCUUCCCAUAUCUUACUAGUCAUCGUACCAUAUCCAUUGCACCCAACAGUCUCUGGAAUUUGGCCCUUUCUCUCCCCUCUUCCUCUACUUUAAUUCACUGGAGUGUGGGGUUUGGACUCCGGUUGUUCUGAGUCUGAAUUCCAGCUCUACAACUUUUUGAUUGCGUGAUAGGAGAGUUAUUUAACCUCUCUGAGCCUCAGUUCCCUCAUAUGUAAAAUGAUAAUAAUACCUACCUCACAGGGUUGUUGUGAGGAUUUAAAUUAGAUAUUGUACGAAAAGUGCCUAGCACAGUGCAUGGCACAGAAUAGAGUAGGUGCUCAAUAAAUGGUAGCUAUUAUUAUUAUUAUUAUU